AUGGAUCGUGACACACCGGUUACAGUGAAGGCGGCGGAGGCACUGCAGGCAACAACAGCAGCAACAAGUUCCAGCAUUCUCAUAGGAUUGAGUUUUUUUGUUACACCAAACAGUUGCAAUAGACCAUUUGUGGUCACUAUCACCAAUCGAAUAAGCACUACUAACUUGUUUCUCCAUUGCGCUUCAAAAAACAAUAAACUUGGUAAUCAUAGCUUACCGUAUUUAAGUAAUUUUUCUUUCCAUUUUCAUAUGAAUUUCUGGCGCACUACAAAAUUUUGGUGCUACAUGAGACCUGAAAACCAACGUCAUUAUGCCAACUUUGAUGUAUUCCGGUAUGAUGAUAAAAUAAUGAAGAGGUGCCCUGGUAUGCCAUUUUGUUAUUGGAGUGCUACAAAUACGGGGGUUGAUGCAACAGAUAUAAAUGGCAAGUUUAUGUUUGCUGGAUCUAAUUGGACAUCGUAUUAA